GUGGUUUUUAAUGCUGUGGCUAAUCAAUGUAAAGCCAGCCAAAAACGGCACAAUGCUGGAAUAUUCAUCCCUUUCCUCAAACUAUUAACUAACUCUUACAUCGGGAUUACGUAAUGCUCCCAUCUGCGCCUGCUCUUGCUGACGGUCACGGCGCUUGCGCUUUACCUCCAUCCGGUAGACCCUUUCUGGAGGAUUUUCCCAGAAUGCCUGUGGGUCGCGGCGGUGAGGCCGGCCUGCAGUGUGUCGUUGGCAAGUGGCGCCGCGCGCUACCCGAGCCCUUCGCGUCUUUCCUCCGCCGCGAAAGGUGAUUGGGUAGCGCCGCCGCGCGGCCUUUCUCCCUACUGAAGAAAAAAAAGAAAAGAAGGGACGGUUAUUUUGCUGUUCGACUACAGUUGCCGCGAAGGGACAUGUGACCCCCAGUGGAGAGUGGGAGGGGGGAGCGAGCUGCGAGCUGAACUCGCGGCGGAGGCGGCCUGUUCGUGCUGCUUCAUUUUCUUGCCGUCGCUGCGCGCGAGGCCCUCCAGUCUGGCGGUUUCGGACGUGCCACGGCGGCGGCGGUGAGGAAGGCCGCGGCGUUUAUGGUGAGGCCGCGCUAAGGGACCUUGUGGCCGGACUUGCCUCGUCCUCUUGUGUCCGCUUUGGAGGCGCCGCCGCCAGGUUAAGUAGAAAUGAAGAAUAAAAAGCAAUGUGUACAGCAUGCUGAUGAUGACAAGCAUGAAGAAACAGGAGGUGAAGAGAACAAAGAAAAUGGUUCCUGCUUUUCUAAUGAUUUAUUAGAUGAAGAUGAAAGAUGUCCCAUCUGUCUAAACUGUCUGACAGAGCAGGAAGUUGGUUUUCCUGAAAAUUGCAACCAUGUCUUCUGUGUGACUUGCAUCCUCAGAUGGGCUGAAAAUAAGGCUUCAUGUCCAGUUGACCGUAAACAGUUUCAAGCUGUAUAUAAACUAAAUGCAUUAGAAGACUGUAUAAAGGUUCAGAUAAAGCAACAAGUAAGCGAAAAAGAUGACCUACUUUGCUGUAAUGAGAGCAAGUAUUGCUGCAUGAAUAUGAAAAACUGUACAAGAAAACAGAACAAUGCAGACAAAGGAUCUUUCCCAGAAAGCUCUUGUAAAGGCUGUAACCAAAAACACAAUUCUUCACAUGAGAAAGAAGAUAAACAUUCUGUGAAAAAGAAUAAGCCCAGAAGACAGACCUGCUCAGACAGAUUAUUCAGAAGCAGCUUCUGUGAUAGAUUUUCUUUUAAUAGUACUUUCUCUGGAAAAUCUACUAAUCACCAAAAUGAGGGUGUGGAGAUCAGCAACAUUGACACAAUUAUUGGACACAAGAGGAGAGAACUGGAGCUGUCAUGUUCUGUACUAGCUAAAGUGGCAAGAAUCUCUACCAUGUGCUGUGAAAGAGAAAUGACAUCCUGUCUUCAGGUUUCCACUGUUAUGGUGGGAACUGUUUUGUCAAUAAAUACUGCAUCCUUGGAAAACUUUGGGUCUUCAGAAAAUGGACACAUUGUCACAUAUGUCCAGGAAGGGGAGGAAAAAAAGCAAACUUCUGGUACCACUGGCACAAGAGGCACAAGAAGGAAGAUUUCAGAUACCACUCCUAGAAGAAGGUCUGCUCGAAAUGUUAAAACAGAAACUUUGACACAGUCUCAGAAUUCACCAAAACCAAGCAAUUCUGGGUGUGAGGCCAGUGGUGAUGGUAACUCUUUUGUAAAUGCUUCUAGUGCAGAAUCGGAGAAAUCACCUCCAAAACGGAAGGCUAAAAGAGGAGUUAAGCAGCAGGAACCUGUAGCUAAAAAGAGACUCAGAAGUUCAGGACGUUAUGGAAAAACUUCUAGCAAUGUAGUAGAAGUUGAAGAAUUGAAUGAGGCAGAAAUAACUCCGCUACUUGACAAAAGUAGUUUACCUGAUAGUGAAAAUAGCACCACUUCUUUUAGUCAGCAAAAUGAUACAGAAACUCAGUCUGCUAAUGGUACUGAAGACUCCACAGACUUCGGAAAAUCUAAGGAGGAGCAUAUGAAAGAGCCUGAUGAAGAGGAGGACACUGUAGGUAUUAUAGACACUGAUCCAUGUUCUCAAGAUCCUCCUUUACUCACCCUAGAGAGAGAGUUUGUUUCCUGCAUUCAAGAUCCUCCUUUGCUAACUCUAGAGGGAGACUGUGAAAAAUCUGAUGUGAAAAGCAGCACAGAGUCGGAAAAUAGUUUGUAUUAUAAAAAUGCUGUUGAGCAAGUCCACCCAAUGUUAAGUAUUUCUAGAGAAGAAUUGGGUAAUGAUUCAGUAAUUGUUACUCAUCACCCUAAGGAAUUAAAUAGUCCUACAAAUGAAAUGCCAGGAAACAUUGAACCAAUGGCAAUAAUAGAUGGUCCUUUUAACAGUCCUGGGACUGAAUUACUUGAGAAAUCAAAAUGUAUAUCAAUAGCAGAUUAUAUUUCAUCUGCUUCUGAAAAUGAUUUGCUGAGGGAAGGAGAAUCUUUGUCGGUAGAAGACAAACAGUUGUCCAGUCCUGGAAAGAAAUUCCUAGAAGAACUAGACUCUGUAGCAGUAGCAGAUGAGUCAGUGAUUGGUUCUAGAAAUGAAUUGUUGAAGGAACAAGAAUUUCCAGCAAUAGAUAAGAUGCUGGAGAGGCCUGAAAAUGAAAUGUCAGUGGGAUGUCAUUCUUUUGAGAAUAAAUUGUCAGAAGGGAUAGAAUUUGAGGAGUCAUUAGAUAAUACCAGAAGCAAAUUAUGUGCAUAUCCAGUCUCAUUAGAAACCGACAGUUCCAAAACUGAAGAAAAGGAAGAAAAUGUUCAUUUAGAUAAUGAAAAUCCAAAAGGGAUUGGUUUAUUAAUACACAUCUCUUCAGAGGAUAAGAAAUCUGAUGAAUCUUUAGAAAAGGUUAUAGAAGAAUCUACAUCUAAUAUGUCUUCAAAGAUAGAUACUCAAGAAAUCAAAUGUUUUAGUGAAGAUGACAAUGAGGUAGUAGCUAUGGAAUGUGACUCUUUUAGCAGUGAUCAGAAUGACUCUCGAAUACAUCAGCCAUUAACAGUUGACAGUACAGAGCAAGAGGCAAGCUCCUUACAACAUGGAAAUACUGAAAAUUCUGCACCUUUUCUAAGUUUUCCUGACAAUAAAGAAGAAAUAGACUGUUCCACUGAACUUAAAAAAGAUAAAAAACCUCGAAUUAGACGAUCAAGGUUCCAUUCUCCAUCUACAACUUGGUCACCUACCAGAGGAGAGGGCAAAAGAUCUCAAUCACCAUCUCCCAAGAGGGAGAUUGUGAGUGAAAGCAGAAUGUCUCGUUCUCCCAAAAAAGAUACUUUCAAAGAAGAGCAAAGAUCUCUGUCUCAGUCUCCAAAAGGAGAACCUCUUGCAGAAGAGGGCCCAUCUCUACCCAGUUCUCCAAAAAAUGAUCCUGUGAGAGAAAGAAGGCGAACUCCAUCUGGUUCUCCAAACAGGGAUCCUCGUAGAGAAGGAAGGAGGGCUUAUAGAACACAGGCUAAGGAAUUGUCUCCAAAAUAUAAAUGUAGAUCUCAAAGCAGGGAUAGAGAGAGUGAUAAAGAAGAACCAAGAAGAGACCAUGAGAGAGAGAGAAGCAGAAGGAGAUGGUCUCAAUCCCAGUCCAGAUCUCGAUCUCGAUCUAGGUCCAGAUCCAGAACAAGAAGUAAGGGCCCAUCAUUUUCUAGAAAUGAAAGGGAUGGCUAUUCACCUCCCAGGUGGAAAGAGCGGUGGACAAAUGACAACUGGAGAAGUCCAAGAGGAAAUGAUAGAUAUAAAAGAAAUGAACAAGAGAAACAGACUGAGAGUAUGAAAAGAGAGCGGGACAUUGCAAGCAAAGAGGCUAACCAACAGUGUUCUUCUGAUCAGUAUCAAAAAGAUUAUCCAGACUGGGUAAUGGAAAGGAUAAAUUCAGUUCCAGAAACAAGGAACAGAGAGAGGGAAAAAUUUAAAAAUCAACCAUGGGAGGAGAAUAGACAAAACAAUUCAGGGCCUCCAUGGAAUAGAAACUUUGGAUCAGGUUGGAAUUCAAACCGUGGUAGAGGUGGUCGUGGCAGAGGUGGCCGUGGCAGAGGUGGUUUUAUGUAUGGAGACCAGAAUGAGAACCGCUGGCAAACAAGAAAGCCCCACUCAGGGAGUGCAAAUAGUUCUGGAAAUGAAAGUUCAAGAUUUCCAGAGCAGCAGCCUUACAAACGGAAGGCAGAACAAGACUUCUCUUUUGAUACACCUGCUGACAGGUCUGGGUGGACAUCUGCAUCAAGCUGGGCUGUAAGAAAAACGUUACCAGCAGAUGUACAGAAUUAUUAUUCAAGAAGAGGAAGAAAUUCUUCUAGUCCACAGUCCCCAUGGGGAAAACAAGAAGAAGCAGCUCCUGAACAAGAUCCAAACUUCAAAGACCAAGCCAGCCAACAAGGUGAUAGUUCUCAACUACCAAUAAAUGUGCUGCAGCCUCAGAUGAAUGUAAUGACACCAGUAAAUACACAACAUCAGCCAAUGAGUAUUUUCCCAUACCCAAUGGGUGUUCCUACUCCUAUUAUGAACAUUCAGCACAAUCCGUUUAAUGUUCCUCCACCGGUUCCAAUGCAUCUUCAUACAGGAGUGCCUCUUGUCCAGGUAGCAGCUUCAACCAAUGUAUCUCAGGGACCACCUCCACCACCACCUCCUCCUCCUCCAUCACAGCAGAUUAACUAUAUUGCGUCCCAACCAGAUGGAAAACAGUUGCAGGCUAUUCCUAGUACUUCCCAUGUUGCCAACAACAUGAGUACAACACUCUUGCCUACUCCAGCAGCAUCUCUGGGAACUAUGGAAACAGUCCAGGGACCAAGUUCUGUUAUUGCAACAUCAUCGAGUAGCAUCAGAUCUAGUGCUGCUGUAAAAUUGGCUGAAAGCAAAGUAAACGUAACAGUGGAAGCCAGUGCAGACAGCUCGAAGAAAGACCAGAAACUGCUAAUUCAGGAAAAAGCUGCACAUGAAGUAAAACUGGCAAUUAAGCCUUUUUAUCAAAAUAAAGACAUUUCCAAAGAAGAAUAUAAAGAGAUUGUAAGAAAAGCAGUAGAUAAAGUUUGUCAUAGCAAGAGUGGGGAAGUGAAUUCCGCAAAAGUGGCAAAUUUGGUAAAAGCUUAUGUGGACAAAUACAAACAUUCACGGAAGAAAAACCCUGAAGAGAUUUCUGUGGAAAGAAAAUAAGUUUAGGUUGAAAAAUGCCACCAAGAUGUCUGCAAAGUGCAAUUUUGGCAAGGACUAUUAAUUAAUAAUAGUGGUUGAAAUCUGAUUUUGAUAAAAUUAUUUUUCAAUAUAGUGUAUAAUGUUUUGUUAUAAAUAAAUAUAGAUUAAUGCAACUUCUUUAUCCUUUUGCAAAAGGAUGUGUAAAGAGAAGCUAAAGAAUAAUGGGAAGUAUCCCUCUCAUUAAAAAUAUACAGUUGUUUUGAAUGCCACAUGUACAGCAUUUUGAAUCAAAUGACAGUGUUUGUCAAAAUACGGUGAUUUUGACAGAAAUGUGUACAAUAUGUGUAAAUCAGUCACAGAACAGAUUCAUGGCACAUUUUUCUUUGACUCCUGCCAGUGCUCACCACCCCCUUUUCAGUCCAAGAAAAUUAUGUGUUUUGCCUCAGUGUUAAGGUUAAAGUUGUGUGUUCUAAAGCACACUGCAUCUGGACAAAAGAUCCCUGUAGACAGAAAUCUGCAGAACUGAAUUUUGUUGCUCAGAAAAAGUGGGUACAGUUUUUUCAUUGAACAGCAAAUAAAGGCUAUGCUGCUGCUUGUUUUGUGACUUUUCAGUUCUUGUUUUGAGUUGUUAAAUUAAACCAAGGUUAAGUCUAAAAGGCACAGUGAAGGCAACCGAAACUAGCAUUUAAUUUACUCUAGUUUGGGGACACUGGCCUUUGGAGCACUCUUGUGAAUCUGAAAAGUAUUCUAUGUUGAUUUUUGUAUUGUGACAUUAAUUGCUGAAUUCAGUGGUCUCAUUUAGUACGAUAUGCUUCCUUCUUAACUUCCAACACACUGAGAGAAAUGGUUUGCCCUGUAGAAGAAGAUGAUUGUAUCAUAGCCUUGGUCAUAUUACUUAUGGUGUAAUUUUCUCAUUUAUGAACUAGUGUAAGCAGUUGUCUGUAUGAGGCAUGUGAAGCAAAAGCAGAAUAUUCUGCAGCAAGGAUUUUAUCAUGAUGAAAGGCUGUAUAAUCAAUUGCCAAGCUCAUUCCAUUGACCUUACACUAAUAUAAUGCAUGAGACCAAGUCUUAUCCAUGAACUUACAUCUGAGUUAAUUUGAAAGUAUUAUAAUGUGGGCAGCAGUGAAGGUAGUGUAGUUAGUAUGGAAUCAUUGAGCAUAUUGCAGUUGUACUCGCAAUGUCUUUGUUGGAUGUCUACUGAUCCUUCCAGGCAUAGAGGAGUUAUACCUCUCCCCUUACAGAGUAAUAAAGAACCAAGGAAGUAAAAGGACCUUGGUUUAAUAUUCCUCUGAAAGAAAGUGCUACUGUAGCAUAAUUAAUCCUCCCAGUGUUUCAUUGCAGUGGUUAGAAUGUCUACUGGUAUACGGCUUAUUUGGAUGUUUAAACAAAUGAAGCCAUUUAGCCAUGUUUCCAGAGAUCCCACCAUUGAUGGCAAGAUCCACAGAGGCCCAAGGCUGGGAAUAAAUCAAGAAUAAUGGAACAUGACACUGUUAAAAUAGUUAAUCCACUUUAUAGCUUUGCAAACAAUGAACUGCUUGGCUGUAGUUUAUGUGCAACUAAAGAUGGAGUCUUUUUAUGGAAUCAUUUUAAUGUGGGUACAGUAUAUUUAAGGUCAUAUCUUACGUUUUAGACCUCUGGAAAAAAAUUGUGUUAGACUAGUGGAUAUUUGAAUGAUCUUUCAUCCUGUAUUGACACCUCUUUUUAAAAAGUGUAGCCAGUGAUGAUGGCAGUUCCAUUUAAUCACACAAUAUGUAUUUAUACAGUACAUUCUUAGGUUUUAAAGCUGGGUUUGAUUGGUGGAAAAGGCAUCCCUUUGCCAUAAAAUAGACUGCUUAGAUGCAGCAUCUCCUGAUGAUUGUAGGAUUCAAUAGCUGAAAUCUUGUUGUUUAGAGGAAUAAGCUGCAACUAAAGUAGGCCUGUUGAUUCAGUGGAGAUUUUGUGAGUCAUCCGUAAAUUCCGUAGAUUCAGUGAGCCUACUCAAGUAGCAGCAUACUACAUUAAAGCCACCUUGGGUCCUCUUUUCCUAUUAAAAAGGUGAGGUAAAUAUUUUAAAUGAAUAAGCAACAGAGUUUCAGCCACUAUCUGUUUUAAUGCCUCUCCGUGCCUCUAAAAUGCAAGAAUACUCCUUUUCCCUCUUCAAUUCAAGCUGUGGCUACUGUGUCUCCACCAAGUUGGAAAAAAUCAUGCUUGGUUAAAUCCUGGUUUGAAGCUCACUGUGGUUAGUAUUCAGGAUGGUACAGAUGUAACAGUAAUAGAGUUAGUGGUGAAAAGUGGAAGGUGGAGAAUUCAAGUAGGAGAGCUUUCUGCACUGAGCCAUGGCUGAGAUUGUACCAUAAUAUGUCUCAGGAGGUAUUGUUCCUGAGUAAUUAUAUGGUAUGAAGCAUUAAGAUACUUCUAUAUCCUUGUGAAAUGUAGUUAGUGUUUUUGUUCCCAUGUUCCCAUAGUGUACCAGUGGCAGAGUUUUAAAAUGUAUUUCCAGUCCUGAUAAAUAAUACUGAAAAAUGCGCAGCUAGCGUCUGCUACAAAAAUAAUUUGUAAACUAAAUCACAGCAUAUAUAGCCCUUUAAGUGGUGGAUUAAGAAGUGCAUUCCUCUAGUACCCCAAUAUCAAGCUAUAUUUUACUUCUGUUGGACUAGGCCCUAUGUAUAGAUAAGUACAUAUUGAGUUUCAGGGAGCAUAUGUUGCUGGAUUAGGUAUUAACAGCCUAGUUCUGAUUAAAAUGUUGGUGUUCUUGAGUAUGGAGGAUCAUUCAUUUGUUGAGGACAGACUUGUUGCUUACAGCCUUGCCCAUGGUUCACCUGUCAGUACUAAAGUUCCUCUCUUGUUUAUUAAGUGUGUACCCACUUUCCUGAAACAGACAUAUAACUGGAUUGCACCUGUUAAAUCUUUUUCUGGAAAAAGUGGUAAGACUUGUAUCAUUAAUACAUGAGGAGGCAUGCACUCUUGAAUAUAUGGGCAUUUGUUUGUUUCAGCAGGGCUAAAAUCCUAUGUUCUGUGUUUGCUUAACAUGAGAGCCCUACUGAAUUAAUGCCACAGGAUUUCUAGAAUAAGCCUGUAUAGAAUCAGCCUUAGUGAGUUCUGUACUUUUGUGGCUGUUAACUGAAAUCCUGUUAAUUUGGUGGUAUAGGCAUUUUCCAGCAGUUUCAGCCAAUCUAACUGAGAAAUGUUCACAAAUCAGAGCUUCUGUAAAUUGUAAUUGUGCGCGAGAUGUUGGUGCACUGGGUGAGCACUCCUUCCAUGUGCAUGUGGCUUAAAUGUGUCAUAAUUUUAAAAAUGAAAAUCAGGAGCACAGUGGCUGUUCUGACUCCAGGCUAUAGCGUCUGUAGCAUAAGCUUGGAAAAAGUCUACUGAAACAUUAUUCUAAAGAGUUUUAUGUAGUUCAGAAUAUUUUCUAAUAAAUUUUUUUGACUAAG